AAGGAGCGAUUUCGGUUGGUGGUUGUGGAGAGCCAAACCUCGCGACGUUUGUUAGGUUACGGUCUCCGGCAAGUUUCAAAUGUAAACAAACAGAUUACCAUGAACAAAAAGAGGACGAAGGCAGAAAUUCCUUAUAAACGCUCGAAAAACGAAUUGGUUAAGGCAACUCUUGGAUCUUAUUUGAAACGCCGUAAUUAUACUCUAUCUGAAACAAUAAAAAACUCAAAUUGUGAAAACCACGUAUUUCAAAAUCACGACUUUGGGCAGAAACUAGAAAUUCCUAUUCUAUUCAAUAGGGAGCAGAUUGCCCUUGCAACUGCCAUAGACAAUGAUGUAACUAGGAAUAACUCAAUACUUUAUAGCUGCAUCAAUAGUGAUACUCUACAAGUAGAUCAACAGUUUACCAAAUUCAAAACAUGGGUUAAUGACUUAGCUGCCGCAGAUUGUCGUUCGGAGUUAACAUGCUUGAUUAUACCUUUAUUUUGUCAUAUAUAUCUGGAGAUGUUGCAAGGUGGCAAUCGACAGUCUGCACCCAAGUUUCUUAAGCGAUAUCAACAUUUAUUAGCCUCUGAAAAUUCUACGGUUGGGAGAAUAUCUGAAAUUUUAGAUGAAUUAUCUGUUGUAACUUGCACACAGGAUAUCAAUACAAGGCCAUUAUUAAAGGCAUUUCGCUCGUGUAAAUACCACUGUCAAUUAUCCGCCAGAAGUUUGGCCUGCUUAAAGAAGUACCUAACUGUGCAGGGCCACGUAGUACUGUUCCAAGCUCUCCAGACAUGGUUCGAACUUGAGGUACCAACAACAUCAACCAUGGUUACUCGAUUAGAGGAGGAUGAUGAUAAGACUGACUUAAGAGACCAGAAGAACUUCAAGAUGGAUAAUAUUUUUACCACUUCCAAACGGAAUUUUCCAAUGAAAAAUGGUCCGAUUACCCCAGAUGAACAACUAUGCCAACUGCAAGAAGCUGUGCGAUUGUUGGAAGACGAACCCACAAAAGUUAUCCCAAUAAUGUUGUACACUAUUGUCAACACAGACUUAAAUGUUACAUGUGCAAGACUGUCACAGUCUCAAAGAGUGUUAGUUGCUGGGUGCAUGUCAUCAGAAGUAAGAGUUUACCCAAUACCUGGAAGUCGAAGUCUUGGAUAUGAGUGUCCCAUAAUUAACAAUCCCACUGCACACAUCAAUAUUGCCUGUAAUAAAGUCUUACCUCCUCGGAAAAUCCAGCAAAUUGGAUUUGAGGACUCAAAUUAUGAACCUUUGCGAGGCCAUAGUGAUAUUGUACAUGACGUGGCUUUUGUGCCUGAAGCAGAUACUGUUAUAUCUGUGUCUGCUGAUUGCACCAUGAGAGCAUGGGAUAUGCAGGACUUCUCAAAUGCAGCCAUAUACAGGGGACAUAAUUACCCUAUUUACAGUGUAGAUGUAAGUGCCUGGAGUGUGUACUUAGCGACCGCCUCUCAUGAUCGGACAGCUCGACUUUGGUCUCUAGAUAGGACAUUUUGCUUGCGUAUAUUUGCUGGACAUCAACAGGAAGUAAAUGUUGUGAAGUUCCACCCAAAUGGAAGCUACUUAGCAACUGCCUCAGCAGAUAAGACUGUUAGACUGUGGUCCAUUGUUGAUGGGAAAAUGGUGAGGGUGUUUCCAGGUCACAAGGGAAGUGUGCACGCCUUGGCAUUCAGUGAUAAUGGAAAGUACAUUGCCUCUGCUGGAGAUGAUAAAAGGGUAAAAAUAUGGGAUCUUGCAGAAGGAACUGUGGUUGCUGACUUAAAAGGGCAUUCAGAUUCUGUAGUGGGAUUACAUUGGGUUCCUGGCUGUGAUGGUAUUGCCUCAUUUAGUACUGAUGGAGUAGUCCGAACUUGGGGGUUGAAUACAACAUUAGGAACUGACUCAUACAGCAAUGAUGUCCUUGAGUGUGAUACUGGCUGCUCUCACCUGCUCAAUCUUCAAUAUAGUCAACGCAACAGUGUAACAUGCAUAGGUUGUCUUUGAAAAUCUUCUAUUUGAGUGUUUUCUCUUGUUACCAAAGGUUAGACUGGAGUGAAAAUAAUGUGAAAUAAAAUGUGUGCAAUAAAAAGUGAGCGAAGGAAGGAAAAAUAUCAAAGAAAUAACUACUAUUAGGUUUCGCUUCCUCGGAUUAAUUUAUUUGUGAUAACACCAAAUACUUGGGAAGUUCAAAAUUAGUUUCAAAUACUGUUGUAGGCAAUAUCAGGGUCAAACACUUUAUUGUUUUGUUUAAAAAUAGUACGACCACCAACCUAACUAUCCUCUGUUAAAAUGUUUCAUUCCAGCCUAAUCUUUGCUCCAUAAAACUGUUCUGCUUUCACCAUUAAACAUUGGCUUUAUUUAUUUUGUAUGCCAAUUUUAAAUGUCUAUCACAGUUGAUUGUGGAUUUCCACAUUAGAUUUUUGUUCCUUGGUACAUGACAAUGAAGUAUUAGUUGUAAGGUAAAGGAUUGUUCCACUCUUAACUUUGUAAGGUAACGAAUUGUUCCACACUUAGGUUUGUAAGGUGACGAAUUGUUCCACACUUAUGUUUGCAAGGUAAAGAAUUGUUCCACACUAAAGUUCAGUAGCAGAACCAAACUUUACAGCAGUAACAGUGUCAAAUGCUACUUAAAAUGUGAUUUGGUCAAUUACGCAGUUUGUUCGUUGUAUUACCUGCACUUCCCUGUAGUGCCAGGACUCUGUGAUAUCUUUGUCAAGUGGACUGUUACUCCGUUACAGUUGUAAAUUUAAAGAUGCACUGCCUAAAAACUAAGUUGGGUAUAAUCAAAAGAGCAAUGUUUUACUUGUAACUAUGUGAUGAAGUAGCUUUUGGGGGCUUUUGCUCACUACUUUUGAAGAUUGUUUACUUCCUUUUGCAUUUUCAACUGACUAGUGUGUACAUGGUGAUACUACUGUAUUUUGUAUGCAUGCAAGAAACUCAUAUUCUUAUAAUA